AUGUCGCUCUGUUCUACGGUUCACCCAACAGUGACAUCAUCUUGUCUUUUCAAACCACUCACAGCUCAGCUGCCCAGACGGAUAUGUCCUCUGAGGCUGCGAGCAUUCUCUUCGUACGGCUCAUCCUGUGACUCAUCAAAGCGCAAACUACAGAUCGCAACCGCAUAUCAACCCUACACCCUCCCAGAAUCCUUCCCGCCUCCUCGGAACACAGGGGUAACGGGCAGCUCAAUCACUGAUGGCUAUCUCGUGCUCAACGGGAAAUGGCAAUCAAGACCCGCAGGACAACCCCAGCCGUCAAUAACCAAUCGAUUUGAUAAAGAAUCAAGCAUCGGUGUCCCCAAGUCUGAAGCCCAGAAGUCAACGCCGGUAGCGUCCGCUUCUCCGUCCACUCCUUCAGAAACCGAUCAAUCCCAGACACCUAGGAAAGCAGCGCGCCGCAGCAGGCUGAAGGCGCGCAAAGCUGCUCUAACCAUCACACCAGAAGCGGUCUCGCACCUACGUAAGCUGAUAGACCAGCCCGAUCCGAAGCUGAUUCGAGUCGGAGUGAAGAAUAGAGGGUGUUCUGGCCUCUCCUACAAUCUCGAAUAUGUGGAUAAGCCUGCGCCGUUUGAUGAAGUGGUGGAACAAGAUGGAGUUAAGAUUUUGGUAGACAGCAAGGCUUUGUUCAGCAUCAUUGGUUCUGAGAUGGAUUGGCAGGAAGACAAAUUGGCGAGCCGUUUUGUGUUUAAAAAUCCUAACAUCAACCAUACAUUCCUCCUACCCACCGACCUCUGUCUCCUCACAAUUCGUUUCUCCGCCUCAAUACCAGACGUCCUCCUCGAAAUCCCUGAACCAGCUCGCCUGACAGCCGCAGGCCUCAAACAACUUAUCCGCCAACGUCUCCCUCGGCAUCUCUCAACUCACCGCCUCCGCCUCAUCUAUGCGGGCAAAGCACUGGAAGAUUCCUCCUCCCUCGCCUCCGCCCUAAACAUCGCCUCACAACCUACAAGAUAUAAAUCACCUGCCCCUCCACGAGAUGCAAACUACCUGAAUGAUAAAGACAAAUGCAAGGGUAAAGGUAAAGCUCCUGUCCGCGAACCACCAACACCACCGUUCCGGACAUACAUACACUGUUCGGUCGGCGAUAUUAUUCUGUCCGCGGCAGAGUUGGAGGCCGAGGCGCGGCUGACGCAAGUAAAUCGUGAAUCACACGGGCAUGGGGAAGGAAAGGGAGAAAACAAAUCAGGGUUGGUGGAAGUAGAUGUUUCUCUCCUCGGACCUCCAAAUUCCCUUUCGCCAUUAUCAUCGUCUACCUCUGCGGCCCCUACUUUACCUGGUACCCUUUCCGCUGCACAUGGCCAGAGCAGCGGUAAUACCAGCCAGCAACCUCUCACCACCGGACCUAGGGGUUUCGAUCGUUUGCUGGAAGCUGGAUUCACACCUGCAGAAGUCUCUGCGCUCCGGUCGCAGUUCCUCGCCCUGCAGUCCCUGUCGCAUACUCCAGAUACGAUGCCAUCUGGUGCGGAGCUGCGGCGACUGGAGGAUAUAUGGAUGGAUGAGGGGGGUCCUGUGGGGAGUUCUGAAACGUUAGGUGGGAAUGGAGGUCCCGGUGUUGGUGGUGGGAUUUCGAAUGACGUGGUUGGCGGGAAUUCGGGGGCGUUGGAUGAUAUGUUAUGGGGCUCUGUGAUGGGGUUCUUUUGGCCUGUGGGUUGUGGGUUGUGGUUGUUGAGGGAACAAGGAGUUUGGAGUUGGAGGAAGGGGUUGGCCGUGUUCGUUGGGGUUGUUGUAAAUCUUGGGUUUGGGGUUGUGAGGAUUUUAAAUUAA